CUAGGCGUCUUACUUGACUCUUCAAACCUUUGUGGCUAUAAAUACAUGAUUAUUGUGUGGCUCUAUGCAAAACCAAAACUGUUCUAUCAUAUUAUACUCUCAUUCACUGAUUAUAUUCCUAAUAAUCAUAAGAUGAUGAAGCCCAUUUUUGUUGCAUUUUUGCUUUUGGCUUCCCUAAUCUUCCUUCCUUCUUCAACUUUAGCUGCUCGAAUACUAGCACACAAUCAGCGUGGUGAUGAGAAAGAAGCAUAUAGAAUAGGAGGAAGAACAGCUCUUAAUCCAAAUGGAAGAGGACAUGCUUAUCCAGAAGGAAUGGGAAGAGGAGGUGGAGGAGGACAUUCUAGUCCUUUUGUAAACCCUACUCCUGUUCCUUCCUAUAAACGAUGCAGCGCUAAUAAUCCAUACCAGGGUGAACCUUGCCGCCCCCCAGCCACCAAAUAAUUAAGCAUUAUCUAACACUUCAUUAAUUAAUUGAGGUCAAAGAAGAAGCAAUAAUAAUUCAUAUAAUUAUGUGUAUGUUUUUGUUUUACUAGCCAGUAGAAUAAUCGAACUCAAUGUACGUUUUUUAUUUCUGUGGAAGAGUGCUGAUAUAUGCGUUCAGCUUUGAGUUUGUUGUAAUAGUGCUUAUGAAAUAAAACCAUAUAUUGGCCUGCUUCAAUUUUCAGGGCUUGUGAAAUAAAACCGCUACUUUCUGCUA